UGGGCGGGCGCGGCCGCUUUAAGCGGAGGCGGGACUGCGAGCUGCGGAGCGGCGGCAGCGGUGGGGGCUCCGCGGGCGGCGCGGGCCGGAGUGCGGGAGGCCGGCCGCAGAGGCUGGGGUUGGAUGAACUCAUGGACAUGGUAUUUUUCUUUUGAGAAAGAAAUCUGCUCAAAAGAAAAAUGGCAUUUGUCGCAACACAGGGGGCCACAGUGGUUGACCAAACCACUCUUAUGAAAAAAUACCUUCAGUUUGUGGCAGCUCUCACAGAUGUAAAUACACCUGAUGAAACGAAGUUAAAAAUGAUGCAAGAAGUUAGUGAAAAUUUUGAGAAUGUGACAUCAUCUCCUCAAUAUUCUACAUUCCUGGAACAUAUCAUCCCUCGAUUUCUUACAUUUCUCCAAGAUGGAGAAGUCCAGUUUCUUCAAGAGAAACCAGCCCAGCAACUGCGGAAGCUAGUACUUGAAAUAAUUCAUAGAAUACCAACCAAUGAACAUCUUCGUCCUCAUACAAAAAAUGUUUUGUCUGUGAUGUUUCGCUUUUUAGAGACAGAAAAUGAAGAAAAUGUUCUUAUUUGUCUAAGAAUAAUUAUUGAACUACACAAACAGUUCAGACCGCCAAUCACACAAGAAAUUCAUCAUUUUUUGGAUUUUGUGAAACAAAUUUACAAGGAACUUCCAAAAGUAGUGAACCGCUACUUUGAGAACCCUCAGGUGAUCCCCGAGAACACAGUGCCUCCCCCGGAAAUGGUUGGUAUGAUAACCACAAUUGCUGUGAAAGUUAGUCCUGAGCGUGAGGACAGUGAGACACGGACACAUUCCAUCAUUCCCAGAGGAUCACUUUCUUUGAAAGUAUUGGCAGAAUUGCCUAUUAUUGUUGUAUUAAUGUACCAGCUGUACAAACUGAAUAUCCACAAUGUUGUUGCUGAAUUUGUGCCCUUGAUCAUGAACACCAUUGCAAUUCAGGUGUCUGCACAAGCCAGGCAACAUAAACUUUACAACAAGGAGUUAUAUGCUGACUUCAUUGCUGCCCAGAUUAAAACAUUGUCAUUUUUAGCUUAUAUCAUCAGAAUUUAUCAGGAGUUGGUGACCAAGUAUUCUCAGCAGAUGGUGAAAGGAAUGUUACAGUUACUCACAAAUUGUCCAGCAGAGACUGCACACCUCAGAAAGGAGCUGCUGAUUGCCGCAAAACACAUCCUUACCACGGAGCUCAGAAAUCAGUUCAUUCCUUGCAUGGACAAACUGUUUGAUGAAUCCAUACUGAUCGGCUCAGGAUAUACUGCUCGGGAGACUCUAAGGCCCCUUGCCUACAGUACACUGGCUGAUCUCGUGCACCAUGUUCGCCAGCACUUGCCCCUCAGCGACCUGUCCCUUGCUGUCCAGCUGUUUGCCAAGAACAUCGAUGAUGAGUCACUGCCCAGCAGCAUCCAGACCAUGUCCUGCAAGCUUCUGCUGAAUUUAGUGGACUGCAUCCGCUCCAAGAGUGAGCAGGAGAGCGGCAAUGGAAGGGAUGUCCUCAUGCGGAUGCUGGAGGUUUUUGUUCUCAAAUUCCACACCAUUGCUCGGUACCAGCUCUCUGCCAUUUUUAAGAAGUGCAAGCCUCAGUCUGAACUCGGAGCAGUGGAAGCAGCUCUACCGGGGGUGCCCUCUGCCCCUGCUGCCCCUGGUCCUGCACCAUCGCCGGCCCCUGUUCCUACCCCUGUCCCACCUCCACCCCCACCCCCUACGCCAGCCACCCCUGUGACUCCAGCCCCUGUGCCUCCUUUUGAGAAGCAAGGAGAAAAGGAUAAGGAGGACAAGCAGACAUUCCAGGUCACAGAUUGCCGAAGCUUGGUAAAAACUUUGGUCUGUGGUGUCAAGACAAUCACUUGGGGCAUCACAUCCUGUAAAGCGCCUGGUGAAGCUCAGUUCAUACCCAACAAACAGUUACAACCCAAAGAGACUCAGAUUUACAUAAAACUUGUAAAGUAUGCAAUGCAGGCCUUGGAUAUUUAUCAGGUCCAGAUAGCAGGAAAUGGACAAACAUACAUUCGAGUAGCGAACUGCCAAACUGUUAGAAUGAAGGAAGAGAAGGAGGUAUUGGAACACUUCGCUGGUGUUUUCACCAUGAUGAAUCCCUUAACAUUUAAGGAAAUCUUUCAAACUACAGUCCCUUAUAUGGUGGAAAGAAUCUCAAAAAAUUAUGCUCUUCAGAUUGUUGCCAAUUCUUUUUUGGCAAAUCCUACUACCUCUGCUCUGUUUGCUACCAUCCUGGUGGAAUAUCUUCUGGAUCGCCUGCCAGAAAUGGGCUCCAAUGUGGAGCUUUCUAACUUGUACCUCAAGCUGUUUAAGUUAGUCUUUGGAUCAGUCUCCCUCUUUGCAGCUGAAAAUGAGCAAAUGCUCAAGCCUCAUCUGCACAAGAUUGUGAACAGCUCCAUGGAGCUUGCACAGACUGCCAAGGAACCCUACAACUACUUCUUGCUGCUUCGAGCCCUGUUCCGUUCUAUUGGUGGAGGUAGCCAUGAUCUCUUGUAUCAGGAAUUUUUACCUCUCCUCCCUAACCUCCUCCAAGGUCUGAACAUGUUGCAGAGUGGCCUACACAAGCAGCACAUGAAGGACCUUUUUGUGGAGCUGUGUCUCACAGUACCUGUGAGGCUGAGCUCCCUCUUGCCGUAUCUACCCAUGUUAAUGGAUCCCUUGGUAUCUGCCCUCAAUGGGUCUCAAACUUUGGUCAGCCAGGGCUUGAGGACCCUGGAGUUAUGUGUGGACAACCUGCAGCCUGAUUUCCUCUAUGACCAUAUCCAGCCUGUGCGUGCGGAGCUCAUGCAGGCUUUAUGGCGCACUUUACGAAAUCCUGCAGAUAGCAUCUCUCAUGUGGCCUACCGAGUACUUGGCAAAUUUGGUGGCAGUAACAGGAAGAUGUUAAAAGAAUCUCAGAAGUUACACUAUGUUGUGACUGAAGUUCAAGGCCCCAGCAUUACUGUGGAAUUCUCUGAUUGCAAAGCAUCUCUUCAGCUCCCAAUGGAGAAGGCCAUUGAAACUGCUCUGGACUGCCUGAAAAGUGCCAACACAGAGCCCUACUACCGGAGGCAGGCAUGGGAGGUAAUCAAGUGCUUUCUGGUGGCCAUGAUGAGCCUCGAGGACAAUAAGCAUGCACUCUACCAGCUUCUCGCGCACCCCAACUUUACAGAAAAGACGAUACCCAGUGUUAUUAUCUCACAUCGUUACAAAGCACAAGAUACUCCAGCCCGGAAGACAUUUGAGCAGGCUCUGACUGGAGCAUUCAUGUCUGCUGUUAUCAAGGAUCUGCGGCCCAGUGCUUUGCCCUUUGUCGCUAGCUUGAUUCGCCACUAUACCAUGGUGGCAGUGGCUCAGCAGUGUGGUCCUUUCUUGUUGCCUUGCUACCAGGUGGGCAGCCAGCCCAGCACAGCCAUGUUUCACAGUGAAGAGAAUGGGUCAAAAGGAAUGGAUCCCUUGGUUCUUAUUGAUGCAAUAGCUAUCUGUAUGGCCUAUGAAGAAAAAGAACUUUGCAAGAUUGGGGAAGUGGCCUUGGCAGUGAUAUUUGAUGUUGCAAGCAUUAUCCUGGGCUCAAAGGAAAGGGCUUGCCAGCUUCCCCUCUUUUCCUACAUUGUGGAGCGCUUGUGUGCCUGCUGCUAUGAGCAGGCUUGGUAUGCAAAACUGGGAGGUGUCGUAUCCAUUAAAUUUCUCAUGGAGCGGCUGCCUCUCACAUGGGUUCUUCAAAACCAGCAGACCUUCCUGAAAGCACUCCUCUUUGUCAUGAUGGACUUAACUGGAGAGGUUUCCAAUGGGGCAGUUGCCAUGGCAAAGACCACACUGGAGCAGCUCCUCAUGAGGUGUGCUACACCUCUAAAAGAUGAGGAACGAGCUGAAGAGAUUGUGGCAGCUCAGGAGAAGUCUUUUCAUCAUGUGACACAUGAUUUAGUUAGAGAAGUCACCUCUCCAAACUCCACUGUAAGGAAACAGGCAAUGCAUUCACUGCAGGUAUUGGCGCAGGUCACUGGGAAGAGUGUGACAGUGAUAAUGGAACCCCAUAAAGAGGUUCUCCAGGAUAUGGUCCCGCCCAAGAAACACUUGCUUCGACACCAGCCUGCCAAUGCACAGAUUGGCCUGAUGGAAGGAAACACAUUCUGUACCACACUGCAGCCCCGGCUCUUCACAAUGGAUCUUAACGUGGUGGAGCAUAAGGUGUUCUACACAGAGCUUUUGAAUUUGUGUGAGGCUGAGGAUUCAGCUUUAACCAAACUGCCCUGUUAUAAAAGCCUUCCAUCACUUGUGCCUUUACGGAUUGCAGCACUAAAUGCACUUGCUGCCUGCAAUUACCUGCCUCAGUCCAGGGAAAAAAUCAUUGCUGCACUCUUCAAAGCCCUUAAUUCCACGAACAGUGAGCUCCAGGAGGCUGGAGAAGCCUGUAUGAGAAAGUUUUUAGAAGGUGCUACUAUUGAAGUAGAUCAAAUUCAUACACAUAUGAGGCCUUUGCUGAUGAUGCUGGGAGACUACCGAAGCUUAACGUUGAAUGUUGUAAAUCGUCUGACUUCUGUUACAAGGCUUUUUCCAAAUUCCUUUAAUGACAAAUUUUGUGAUCAGAUGAUGCAACAUCUGCGCAAGUGGAUGGAAGUGGUGGUCAUCACCCACAAAGGGGGCCAGCGGAGCGACGGAAACGAAAGCAUUUCAGAGUGCGGGAGAUGUUCCUUGUCUCCAUUCUGUCAGUUUGAGGAAAUGAAGAUUUGUUCAGCAAUCAUAAACCUUUUUCAUCUGAUACCAGCUGCACCUCAAACUUUGGUCAAGCCUUUGUUAGAGGUUGUAAUGAAAACAGAGAGAGCCAUGUUGAUUGAGGCUGGUAGUCCCUUUAGAGAGCCUCUCAUCAAGUUCUUAACUCGGCACCCCUCACAGACAGUGGAGCUGUUCAUGAUGGAAGCUACGCUCAAUGAUCCCCAGUGGAGCCGAAUGUUCAUGAGUUUUCUAAAACACAGAGAUGCCAGGCCCUUAAGGGACGUGCUGGCAGCCAACCCCAACAGAUUUAUUACCCUGCUGCUGCCAGGAGGACCACAAACUGCUGUGCGUCCUGGUUCACCCAGCACUAGCACCAUGCGGCUGGACCUACAGUUCCAGGCCAUCAAGAUUAUAAGCAUCAUAGUUAAGAAUGAUGAUUCCUGGUUGGCUAAUCAGCAUUCUCUGGUGAGCCAGCUGAGACGUGUGUGGAUUAGUGAGACCUUUCAAGAAAGACACCGCAAAGAGAACAUGGCUGCCACCAACUGGAAGGAGCCCAAGCUACUGGCUUUUUGUUUGCUGAGCUACUGCAAGAGAAAUUAUGGGGAUAUUGAAUUGCUGUUCCAGUUGCUCCGAGCCUUCACUGGUCGUUUUCUCUGCAACAUGACUUUCUUAAAGGAGUAUAUGGAAGAAGAGAUUCCUAAAAACUAUAGUAUUGCUCAAAAACGUGCCCUGUUUUUUCGUUUUGUAGACUUCAAUGACCCCAACUUUGGAGAUGAACUGAAAGCAAAGGUUCUACAGCAUAUCUUGAAUCCUGCUUUCUUGUACAGCUUUGAGAAAGGAGAAGGAGAGCAGCUCUUGGGACCUCCCAAUCCAGAAGGAGACAACCCAGAGAGCAUCACCAGCGUGUUUAUAACCAAGGUCCUAGAUCCUGAGAAGCAGGCAGACAUGCUGGACUCCCUGCGGAUCUACCUUCUGCAGUAUGCCACGCUACUGGUGGAACAUGCCCCCCACCACAUCCAUGACAACAACAAGAACCGCAAUAGCAAGCUACGCCGCCUGAUGACCUUUGCGUGGCCCUGUCUGCUCUCCAAGGCCUGUGUGGACCCAGCAUGCAAAUACAGUGGGCACUUACUUUUGGCGCACAUUAUUGCCAAAUUUGCAAUACAUAAGAAAAUUGUCCUCCAGGUUUUCCACAGUCUUCUCAAGGCUCAUGCAAUGGAAGCCCGAGCAAUUGUCAGGCAAGCAAUGGCCAUCUUGACUCCAGCAGUGCCCGCCCGCAUGGAGGAUGGCCACCAGAUGCUCACGCAUUGGACCAGAAAGAUCAUCGUGGAAGAAGGGCACACUGUCCCGCAAUUGGUGCAUAUUUUGCAUUUGAUUGUGCAGCAUUUUAAGGUGUAUUAUCCCGUGCGGCACCACCUGGUUCAGCAUAUGGUCAGUGCCAUGCAGAGGCUGGGCUUCACACCUAGUGUCACCAUCGAGCAGAGGCGGUUGGCUGUAGAUCUGUCUGAAGUCGUCAUCAAGUGGGAAUUACAGAGGAUCAAGGACCAGCAGCCGGAUUCCGAUAUGGAUCCAAAUUCCAGUGGAGAAGGAAUCACUUCUGUCUCAUCCUCUAUCAAGCGAGGCCUGUCUGUGGAUUCUGCCCAGGAGGUGAAGCGCUUCAGGACAGCCACCGGAGCCAUCAGUGCAGUGUUCGGGAGGAGCCAAUCGCUGCCUGGAGCUGACUCUCUUCUCGCCAAGCCCAUUGACAAGCAGCAUACAGACACUGUGGUGAACUUUCUCAUCCGAGUGGCUUGUCAGGUUAAUGACAACACCAACACUGCGGGGUCCCCUGGGGACAUGCUGUCUCGCCGCUGUGUCAAUCUCCUGAAGACUGCAUUAAGACCAGAUAUGUGGUCCAAGUCAGAGCUCAAGCUGCAGUGGUUCGACAAACUGCUGAUGACUGUGGUAGGUAUAUGUCUGUUAGGCUGGGAUGGGGUCACUCAAGUUUUCACCUGGGACAUUUGUGGAUUCCUUCUGGGCAGGACAUUGACAGUCUCUGCCUGUGAGUACAUCACCAGUGUUAUGGCCUACCUGUCUAAAGAGUCAGACAGGCUGUGCACUGACUGCGGAACUCUCAUGAUCCUCAAGUCGGCAUGUAGCAACAACCCAAGUUACAUUGACAGGCUCAUCUCUGUUUUUAUGCGCUCCCUGCAGAAGAUGGUCCGAGAGCAUCUAAAUCCACAGGCAGCAUCUGGGAGCACAGAAGCAACAGCGGGAACAAGUGAGCUGGUGAUGCUGAGUCUGGAACUGGUGAAGACACGGCUGGCUGUGAUGAGCAUGGAGAUGCGCAAGAACUUCAUCCAGGCCAUUCUGACAUCCCUCAUUGAAAAGUCUCCAGAUGCCAAAAUCCUUCGGGCUGUGGUGAAAAUUGUAGAAGAAUGGGUUAAGAAUAAUUCUCCCAUGGCAGCCAAUCAGACACCUACACUCCGGGAGAAGUCUAUCUUGCUUGUGAAAAUGAUGACCUACAUAGAAAAACGUUUCCCAGAAGACCUUGAGUUAAAUGCCCAGUUUUUGGACCUUGUUAACUAUGUCUACAGGGAUGAGGCCCUAUCUGGCAGUGAGCUGACUGCGAAGCUUGAGCCUGCCUUUCUCUCAGGGCUGCGUUGUGCCCAGCCACUCAUCAGGGCAAAGUUCUUUGAAGUUUUUGACAAUUCUAUGAAGCGCCGGGUAUAUGAGCGCCUGCUGUAUGUGACCUGUUCCCAGAAUUGGGAGGCCAUGGGGAACCAUUUUUGGAUCAAGCAGUGCAUUGAGCUCCUCCUGGCAGUGUGUGAGAAGAGCACUCCCAUUGGUACCAGCUGCCAGGGAGCCAUCCUUCCAUCCAUAACCAAUGUCAUCAAUCUGGCUGACAGCCAUGACCGAGCUGCCUUUGCUAUGGUCACCCAUGUCAAGCAGGAGCCUCGGGAACGAGAGAACAGCGAGUCCAAGGAGGAGGAUGUUGAGAUAGAUAUUGAACUAGCUCCUGGGGAUCAGACCAGCACACCCAAAACCAAGGAACUUUCUGAAAAGGACAUUGGAAACCAGCUGCAUAUGUUAACCAAUAGACAUGACAAGUUUCUUGACACUCUUCGUGAAGUGAAGACUGGAGCACUGCUCAGUGCCUUUGUUCAGCUAUGCCAUAUCUCCACAACACUGGCAGAGAAAACCUGGGUCCAACUUUUCCCCAGAUUGUGGAAAAUCCUCUCUGAUAGACAGCAGCAUGCUCUGGCAGGUGAGAUAAGUCCAUUCCUGUGCAGUGGCAGUCACCAGGUGCAGCGGGACUGUCAGCCCAGUGCACUGAACUGCUUUGUGGAGGCCAUGUCCCAGUGUGUCCCCCCGAUCCCUAUCAGACCCUGUGUUCUAAAGUACCUGGGGAAGACCCACAACCUCUGGUUCCGCUCCACAUUAAUGUUGGAGCACCAAGCCUUUGAAAAGGGUCUGAGUCUGCAGAUUAAACCAAAGCAAACAACAGAAUUCUACGAGCAGGAGAGCAUAACACCACCACAGCAGGAGAUACUGGACUCCCUUGCUGAGCUCUACUCUCUGUUGCAAGAGGAAGACAUGUGGGCUGGUUUAUGGCAGAAGCGGUGUAAAUAUUCAGACACGGCGACUGCUAUUGCAUACGAGCAGCAUGGAUUCUUUGAGCAGGCCCAAGAAUCCUAUGAAAAAGCAAUGGAUAAAGCCAAAAAAGAACAUGAGAGGAGUAAUGCAUCUCCAGCCAUUUUUCCUGAAUAUCAGCUCUGGGAAGACCAUUGGAUUCGGUGCUCCAAGGAGCUGAACCAAUGGGAGGCCUUGACAGAGUAUGGCCAGUCCAAAGGUCACAUAAACCCCUACCUUGUCCUGGAAUGUGCCUGGAGGGUGUCCAACUGGACUGCCAUGAAGGAGGCACUGGUGCAGGUAGAAGUAAGUUGCCCAAAAGAGAUGGCAUGGAAGGUCAACAUGUACCGUGGAUAUCUGGCCAUCUGCCACCCUGAAGAGCAGCAGCUUAGCUUCAUCGAACGCCUGGUUGAAAUGGCCAGCAGCUUGGCCAUCCGUGAGUGGCGGCGGCUGCCCCACGUAGUGUCUCAUGUGCACACGCCCCUUCUGCAGGCAGCCCAGCAAAUCAUUGAACUUCAGGAAGCUGCACAAAUAAAUGCAGGUUUACAGCCGACUAACCUGGGGAGGAACAACAGCCUCCAUGACAUGAAGACAGUGGUGAAGACCUGGAGGAACCGGCUGCCCAUCGUUUCUGAUGACUUGUCCCACUGGAGCAGCAUCUUCAUGUGGAGGCAGCACCAUUACCAGGGUAAACCGACCUGGUCCGGCAUGCAUUCAUCAUCAAUUGUAACUGCUUAUGAAAAUAGUUCUCAGCAUGAUCCAAGCUCAAAUAAUGCUAUGCUCGGGGUUCACGCAUCAGCUUCAGCAAUCAUCCAGUAUGGGAAAAUUGCCCGGAAACAAGGACUGGUCAAUGUAGCACUCGAUAUAUUAAGUCGUAUCCAUACUAUUCCAACUGUUCCCAUCGUGGAUUGUUUCCAGAAGAUUCGGCAGCAAGUUAAAUGCUACCUACAGUUGGCUGGAGUGAUGGGCAAAAAUGAAUGCAUGCAGGGCCUUGAGGUUAUUGAAUCCACAAAUUUAAAAUACUUCACAAAAGAGAUGACAGCUGAAUUUUAUGCACUGAAAGGAAUGUUCUUGGCUCAGAUUAACAAGUCUGAGGAAGCAAACAAAGCCUUUUCAGCAGCUGUGCAGAUGCAUGAUGUGCUGGUGAAAGCCUGGGCCAUGUGGGGCGACUAUCUUGAGAACAUCUUUGUGAAGGAGAGGCAGCUGCAUCUUGGGGUAUCUGCUAUUACCUGUUACCUGCAUGCAUGUCGGCAUCAGAAUGAAAGCAAAUCAAGAAAAUAUUUGGCAAAGGUGCUGUGGCUUUUAAGUUUUGAUGAUGACAAAAACACAUUGGCAGAUGCUGUGGACAAGUACUGCAUCGGCGUACCCCCCAUCCAGUGGCUGGCCUGGAUUCCACAGCUGCUCACCUGCCUGGUUGGCUCCGAGGGCAAGUUGCUUCUGAACCUCAUUAGCCAGGUUGGACGUGUGUAUCCCCAAGCAGUCUACUUUCCCAUCCGAACUCUAUACCUGACCCUGAAGAUAGAACAGCGGGAGCGCUACAAGAGCGAUCCAGGGCCCAUACGAGCAACAGCACCCAUGUGGCGCUGCAGCCGAAUCAUGCACAUGCAGCGAGAACUCCACCCCACGCUUCUGUCUUCCCUGGAAGGCAUCGUUGAUCAGAUGGUUUGGUUCAGAGAGAACUGGCAUGAAGAGGUGCUCAGGCAACUCCAGCAGGGCCUGGCAAAGUGUUACUCCGUUGCCUUUGAAAAAAGUGGGGCAGUGUCUGAUGCCAAGAUCACCCCCCACACACUGAACUUUGUCAAGAAGUUGGUGAGCACAUUUGGAGUCGGCCUGGAGAAUGUGUCAAAUGUCUCCACCAUGUUCUCCAGCGCAGCCUCUGAGUCUCUGGCCCGGCGAGCCCAGGCCACAGCUCAGGACCCCGUGUUCCAAAAGCUAAAGGGCCAAUUCACAACAGAUUUUGAUUUCAGUGUUCCAGGAUCCAUGAAGCUUCAUAAUCUAAUUUCCAAAUUGAAAAAGUGGAUUAAAAUCCUGGAGGCUAAAACCAAACAACUUCCAAAAUUCUUCCUCAUAGAAGAAAAGUGUCGUUUUUUGAGCAAUUUCUCAGCACAAACAGCUGACGUAGAAAUUCCUGGGGAAUUUCUAAUGCCAAAGCCAACACAUUAUUACAUCAAGAUUGCUAGGUUCAUGCCCCGGGUAGAAAUUGUGCAGAAGCACAACACAGCUGCUCGUAGGCUCUACAUCCGAGGACACAAUGGCAAGAUCUACCCAUACCUCGUCAUGAAUGAUGCCUGCCUCACAGAGUCACGGAGGGAGGAGCGUGUGCUGCAGCUGCUCCGCCUGCUGAAUCCCUGCUUGGAGAAGAGGAAGGAAACCACCAAGAGGCACUUGUUUUUCACAGUUCCUAGGGUUGUGGCCGUAUCCCCACAGAUGCGUCUUGUGGAGGACAACCCCUCCUCACUUUCCCUCGUGGAGAUCUAUAAGCAGCGCUGUGCCAAGAAGGGCAUCGAGCACGACAACCCCAUCUCCCGUUACUAUGACCGGCUGGCCACGGUGCAGGCACGGGGGACCCAGGCGAGCCACCAGGUCCUUCGAGACAUUCUCAAGGAGGUACAGAGCAACAUGGUGCCACGCAGCAUGCUGAAAGAGUGGGCACUGCACACACUGCCCAAUGCCACGGACUACUGGACCUUCCGGAAGAUGUUCACCAUCCAGCUGGCACUGAUAGGCUUUGCAGAGUUUGUCUUGCAUUUAAAUAGACUCAACCCUGAGAUGUUACAGAUUGCUCAGGACACCGGCAAGCUGAAUGUUGCCUAUUUUCGAUUUGAUAUAAAUGAUGCGACUGGGGACUUGGAUGCCAACCGCCCUGUCCCUUUCCGCCUCACCCCCAACAUCUCUGAGUUUCUGACCACCAUCGGUGUCUCUGGCCCCUUGACUGCCUCCAUGAUCGCUGUUGCACGAUGCUUUGCCCAGCCCAACUUCAAGGUGGAUGGCAUUCUGAAAACCGUGCUCCGAGAUGAAAUCAUUGCUUGGCACAAGAAAACACAGGAGGAUACCUCCUCUCCUCUCUCGGCUGCCGGACAGCCUGAGAACAUGGACAGCCAACAGCUGGUCUCCCUGGUCCAGAAAGCUGUCACUGCCAUCAUGACCCGCCUGCACAACCUGGCUCAGUUUGAAGGCGGGGAGAGUAAAGUCAACACCCUUGUGGCUGCCGCCAACAGCUUGGACAACCUGUGCCGCAUGGACCCUGCCUGGCACCCGUGGCUGUGACCACGGCUGCCCAUCUCCUGGAAUGUGAAGGAGCUGCUGGCUUCUGUGACCUCUCUCUGCCCGGUUCAUUUUAUUUACAGAAGGGCUGAAGUUACUUUACAGUAGUUUGUGCGUGAAAGAGGACAAGUUUAGCGUUGGAGAGAGCUGCCCCAGGAUGUCAGCGAGGCCCUCAGAAAUGGCAGAGCUGAGCCUACUGUAAGCUUUUAAACCCUUUUUUUUUUUUUUUUUUUAAAGGAACCAGGACUUCUGGCCUGGGAUUUUUCGUGGAUUCUUUUCUAUGGUCCUCCCUCUGUCUGUGAGUGGACGGAGUGAGCGGUAGGAGAUAACUCUGGAUGUCCCUUUUUAGCUCUUCCGGAAACGACACCUUACCACGCUUUUGUGCGUUUGUACCAAGGUGUGUACAUAAACCCGGGUAGGAAGGCAGAGAGGUCAGCCGCUGUGCUGUGUAAGCGGCUUUGGGAGCCUGGCUGAACCUCAGCGUGCACCCGGCAGGCUGUGUCGCCUCUCGGGGGCGGCCGUCCUCAGCCCCUGCUGGAUCUGCUUUCAGCUGGGCAGAUCUGGCCUGUGAGAGAGGCGCAGGUAGAUCUGGGGCUUUUAAUCGUUGGCUCUCUGGAUGUCUUCUAGACAUUUUCUCUCAUUGUACCUAAAAAAAAAAAUCAUUUUUUCCUUCCUAAGUUAAAAAGAAAACAGCAGUGAAAGUUUCCUCCUUCAGUGUUUGUUACGUUCACAUUUUUAUAAAUCUUGAGCAGCGAGAGUGUUCUAUCUAAAUUUGUACAGUGUGAUUUUUUGUUGUUUUCUAGAAUAAAUAUUUUAUAAAAGGG